AUGUCUGACGAGAACGAUUCAGAAUACCAUGAGAUGCAGGACACUGGAAUCUCAGUUGCAGAUGAACCAGAGGAUGAUAAGAAUGAGGCCCCACUCGACCCUGUGGCAGAGCAACAGAGGAAGCGUUGGGUGCUGAUCCGUGCCGUGCUCGGUGAGCUCAUGUGCACAUUCCUGUUUGUCUACAUCGUGUUGUCGACCGCCGCCAACUUCCUCAGAACACCAAACUCAUCGUCGGUGGUCGGAGGUGCCCUCUCCACCGCCUUUGCCGCCGUCGCCCUCAUCUACUCGUUCGCCGAUAUCUCUGGUGCGCACUUCAACCCCGCCGUAACCUUUGCCACAUGCGUCACGAGAAAGACCUCGAUCACAAAGGGACUCAUGUACAUUGGCGCGCAGCUGGUCGGUGCCGUGUUGGCGUCGCUCAUUCUGCUGGCCACCUUCCCAUCGGACCAGUUCGCCGCUGGCAACGCCGCUGCCGCCACAGCUGUCGUCCCAGCCGCCGACUCCAACAUUGGCAACGUCUUCUUGACCGAGCUCAUUCUCACCUUCAUCCUGGUCUACGUCAUCUUUGCCGUUGCCUUCGACACUGUUGACGACAGCAAGAACGUCAAGGUCGUUCGUGGUGGCAAGUCCGCUGGCAGCAACCUAACCAUCUACACGACCUCUGGUGCAACCAAGGCUGGUUUCGCCCCAAUUGCCAUUGGUUUCACACUUGGCUUCCUUUGUUUCCUCGGUGGUUCUGUCUCUGGAGGUGCAUUCAACCCAGCAAGAGUAUUUGGUCCAGCUUUGGUUGGAAACAAAUGGGGAUACCAUUGGUUGUACUGGGUAGCUGACUUCUUGGGUGCUGGCAUGGCCGGUUACGCUCAGAAGUUCUUUGCCGCCACCAAGUCAAAGAUCUAA